AUUAUAUUAGUAUUAAUAAAGACUCUGAUAAUUUAACAGAUUUAUCUGAUGAAAGUUUUGAUUUAUUAAUAGACUCUGCUAUAUUAAGUAAAACUUCCAAUCUUUGUUUAAGUUUAAAAGUGAAGUUUAUGUUUGAUUCUAAUAAUUUUAAUAUAUUUUAUUCUAAUCUUAUUCAAUAUGUUUGUAACUGUAUGAAUGAUAAUAAUAUUAAAAGAAGUGGAAUUGAAAUUUCUUAUAAAGUAAAUGGACAUGGUCAAGCAAUAGCAUUGAAAGAUAGUAGUGAUUAUGAUAAAUCAAUUGAAAACAAUGAUUCUGAUGAAGAAAUAACAAGAGUGAAAUCCAAACAAGUUAAACACAAUCAUGUGCUAAAAGAAACUAGUCUUGCAUCUGAUAAGAUUAAAUUAGCUAAAAUCAUUUUACAACUUAGAAUAAAAUAUCAAUAUAAUAUUCAUUAUACACCUUGUUACAUUGAAGAAGAUAAAUAUCUUCAACUAAUACCUGUAUGUUUACAUUUAUAG